AACUCUAAUCAUAGUUGCCACACUCAUGUAAACUUCAUUCCAAUAAUUUUCGCGGAAAUCGAUGAAAGUGUUCACUAUUUUCUAUAUUUUCAAUUUGUGACGAAUAAAUUUAUAAUUAUAGAAUUCUUACGAGAUACUAUGACUGAAAGGCCUCUUGUGAUAUAUUUGCCAGAAAAUUCGAAAAUUGGAAAGCAUACUUUGAACUUUGACAAAUACUUGUUGUACUUAAACUAUCGAAUAAACUCAAAUGGAAUUACCUUGGAAAUCUCUCCUCCACAGAAGAAGAAGAUGAUAGAUUAUAACAAACUAAUUUCGCCAUAUGAAGCUGAAACCAAGUGCAAGGUUGGCUCUUGCCCGACACAAAAGAAAAAGACGAAUCUGAAAGCUAAGCUUCUUUCCAAGGAAAAGCCAAAUCAAAAUACUAAAAUUCGAGACGCUUUGAAAAACCUCACCAUUCAAGAAGUCUACAACUUCUCCGAGACUCCCUUAACUGUUUUUGAAAAGGUUGAGAAGAAACCUGUAUUCCAAUUAUUUCCGAAAAAUAUGCAAAAUCAAUCCAUGCCAAAAGAAAAUCUAUACAAAUUUAUGAAUCUGGACAAUAUUUGUCGGGGAGAUUCGUUGGAGGAUACCAGAGUAUUCAGUUUCAAUGUCGAGAAAUUAGUUAAGGAACGCGCAACAGAAGAGAAGCAUCUAAUGAAGAAAUGCAAGUCGCAUAUUAUUUCGAAUACCCAAAAUUGCCCGAGGAAUGCAAAGAACUUGAGGAUAAGCAAAAGUUCCGCAGUCGUACUUCAAAUUCAAAAUAAGAUAGAAAAGUUGAGGAAAGAAAAUAUUUCACUAAGACGAAAAUUGCAAUUAAUAAGGAAAAUAUAG